GUCAUGACGUUAGCGUGCGUUUCUGUCGCGAGCGCGGCAAAAGGAAGCAGGAGUGAUCCGCGAGCAACACACGUCUAAAACCGAAGUUUUCAUUCUACUUAUCCGGUUUAUAAAUUAAUUUAUCGGGACUCAUGGCGUCUACGAGUAAGACUCCGUUACAGAGCAGGAAUCUACCAUGGGUUGAGAAAUACAGGCCGCAAAAACUUGAUGAUUUAAUUUCACACAAAGACAUUUUGAGCACCAUCCAGAAGUUCAUCAAGGAGGACAGGCUUCCUCAUCUUCUGCUCUACGGUCCUCCUGGAACAGGAAAGACCUCCACCAUUCUGGCCUGUGCUAGGCAGCUGUACAAGGACAAGGAGUUCAACUCCAUGGUGCUAGAGCUGAAUGCUUCAGACGACAGGGGUAUCGAUGUGGUCCGAGGUCCCAUCCUGAGCUUUGCCAGCACCAGAACCAUCUUCAAAAAAGGCUUCAAGCUGGUGAUCCUGGACGAGGCCGAUGCCAUGACCCAGGAUGCCCAGAAUGCAUUGCGGCGAGUGAUUGAGAAGUUCACAGAAAACACCCGGUUCUGCCUCAUCUGCAACUACCUUUCCAAGAUCAUCCCUGCCCUGCAGUCGCGGUGCACCAGGUUCCGUUUCGGCCCUCUGUCCCCAGACCAGAUGAUCCCCCGGCUGGAGCACGUUAUCCAGCAGGAGAGCAUCGACGUUACUCCAGAUGGGAUGAAGGCCAUCGUGACUUUAUCGUCAGGUGACAUGAGGAGGUCGCUGAACAUCCUGCAGAGCACCAGCAUGGCGUACGGGAAGGUCACGGAAGACUCGGUGUACACCUGCACGGGACAGCCGCUCCGCUCCGACAUCGCCAACAUCCUCGACUGGUGCCUCAACAAAGACUUCACCUCGGCUUACAAGCAAAUCCUCCAGCUGAAGACUCUGAAAGGUCUGGCUCUGCAUGACAUCCUCACCGAGCUGCAUCUGCUCGUUCACAGAGUGGAUUUCCCUCCUGCGACCCGCAUGAGUCUGCUGGUGAAGCUAGCCGACGUGGAACACAGACUGGCGUCAGGGACGGACGAGAAGAUCCAGCUGAGCUCCAUGGUGGGGGCCUUCCAGGAGGUCAGAGACCUGGUGGUCAGCGAAGCUUCAUAAAAUCCAAACGUUUGAUCCAAUAAAAACUCCAAAGGUU